CCAAUCCAUAAAUGAACAGCAAAAAACUGGAAGAAAAUUUAUGAGAUAUUGUGAGCAUUGUCAAUUAAACAGAUAAUGAUCAAAAUUUCUGCAUUAUUCUGCGAAUUUUAAUAAUUAAUUUUUGGUGCAUUGGAAAAAAUAGCAAGAAAAUUUUCAAAAAUGUCAUAUUUAAGUGAAACCUUUAAAACUACAAAUAAGUCAGAUUAUAAAUGGCCAAGUCCAUUAAAGACUGUUUCAAGACCAACUCCUCCACCAAUCGAUGAGCCAAAAGUGUAUAUGGAACGGCCAGUCGAAGAAAAUUGUCAUUGUGAUAUGCACUUUUAUUAUCCUUACAUGCAACAAUAUAAGGAAUUAGGAGACAAGGAAAAAAGAUUAGUCGAAGAACUUGAUGAAACCAAGAAAAAAUUAACUUCACUAAGUAACAAAAUUUUAAAUCACGCAUGUGACGAUGAUGACAUAAAAAUGAAAAGUUUAUACCAAAUUGAUUAUGCUAGACGAGGUGAGCCAAUUGUUGAGUACCGACCAAUUCGUGCAGAAAUUGAUGCACCAGAAGGAAGUCCAAUCAAAUUUAAGGGAAUCAAUUUAGCAGAAGGAUUUCGUGAUCCACAUCGUUUUCGAUAUCAAGCAAUAGUUCGUCCACGAAUUGGAGCUGAUCGCCCAGUCACAUUUAUUACUACACCGAAAUCAAUUGAAGCGUACUUUACUCAAACAACACCAAGAAGUGAAUACCAAGGUACAAUCGCCAAAAGUGGUCAUGCCAAUUUAAGGAGUAUGCAACAAUAUAAACAACCGUUACCUUCUUCUCGUCGAAGACUGGAUGACGUGUGCUUAUAAACAUUUUAUAUUUGUUAUUACAUUGUUAAAAUUGU